CUCAGAGAUUCUAAACUUUGUGCCAGUCUGAAGCUUUUAAGAAUUCAUGAAAAUGGUCGCUGUUUUCUUCUAAGCGCUGCUUUUGUAAAAGCCGCCUACUUCUCCGGACUCCUGCAAAAGGUAGAAGAGAUUGUGUGUUUCCACUCUCCAUGGAAUGGUGUGGCAUGGAAUUCCGUUCGUCUGCUUUGCUUGCCUUGGGAUCUUAACACAAGCCCCCAGUUACUGGCCAACACCCUCCCAAGAACAAGCGUCCAAAGGAGCCAGGAGAGAACAGAAUCAAGCCCACCAACAAAAAGGUGAAGCCCAAAAUUCCUAAAACAAAGGACAGGGACUCAGCUGAUUCCCAGCCAAAGACACAAUCUAUAAUGAUGCAGAUGAUGGAUAAAGGUCGCUUUCAGAAACCUGCUGCUACCCUGAGUCUGACAGCAGGGCAAACUCUAGAGCUUCGAUGUAAAGGGAAUAAAAUUGGAUGGAGCUACCCUACAUAUCUUGACACCUUUAAGGACUCCCGCCUCAGCGUGAAGCAGAAUGAGCGCUACGGCCAGCUGACCCUAGUCAACUCCACUGCAGCUGACACUGGGGAGUUCAGCUGCUGGGGGCAACUCUGCAAUGGCUACAUCUGCAGGAAGGACGAGGCCAAAACAGGCUCCACCUACAUCAUUUUUACAGAGAAAGGAGAACUUUUUGUACCUUCUCCCAGUUAUUUUGAUGUUGUCUACUUGAACCCGGACAGACAGGCUGUGGUUCCUUGUCGAGUGACCGUCCUGUCAGCCAAAGUCACUCUCCAUAGGGAGUUCCCAGCCAAGGAAAUCCCCGCCAAUGGAACAGACAUUGUUUAUGACAUGAAGAGAGGCUUUGUGUAUCUGCAACCUCAUUCUGACCAUCAGGGGGUAGUCUACUGCAAGGCCGAGGCUGGGGGCAAGUCUCAGAUCUCUGUCAAGUACCAACUCCUCUACGCUGAAGUUCCCAGUGGUCCCCCGUCAACAAGCAUCUUGGCAUCUUCAAACAAAGUGAAAAGUGGGGAUGACAUCAGUGUCCUCUGCAGUGUCCUAGGGGAGCCUGACGUGGAGGUGGAAUUCAGGUGGAUCUAUCCAGGGCAGAAGGAUGAAAGACCGGUGACGAUUCAAGACACUUGGAGGCUGAUCCACAGAGGACUUGGACACACCACAAGAAUCUCCCAGAGCGUCAUGACAGUUGAAGACUUUGAGACCAUUGAUGCAGGAUAUUACAUUUGCACUGCCCAGAAUCUCCGAGGACAGACUACAGUAGCUACCACUGUUGAGUUUUCCUGACUUGGAAAAUGAAGUAUAAUGGACUAUUGGAAAGCCCAUGUGUGUACACAACCAGCUUUGGCGUUCUUUCGACCAGUGCUUUGCCAGAGGCUGAUGUCAAGCUCCAACCCCCAACCCCUGCCUUGUGAGUAAGACCCAGACAUCCAAACUAAACGGAAGUCAUUUGGUCUAACAGAAGUGUUAACUCCUCUGACAGAAAGCAUGUAUUUUGAUUGCUUACCUACAUAUAUGCAUUUCUGGUUUUUAUACUAAGAAAGCAUAUAUGUAAACAACUUUAUAUAAUCAUUUCUAUUAAACAAGCAACAUUUUGUAAAAAAUGGGCUAAGUGCUCAUGUUUUAGAUUGGCUUGAAGUACAUCCAGAAGGACUUAGUGGCAGUAAUGUUUGGGUUAAUACCUAACAUUCUAUUUGAUUUAAUAAUACUACACAAGAAUCUAAAAAGGUAACAAUAUAAAGUUCAACUAUAUAUGAACUAUGAUAUGAAGGUAUCAGAAAGUCAUAGCACCUUGCUUUAACAAAACAAAAUUGCUGCACUCAGAAGUACUAGUUCUAGAUUAGUACAGUCAAUAAGAUCUACAGCAUAUAUUUUUAAAAGUUUAACUUUCAAUAUAAAAUAGAUGCACAGGUCUAGAAAGAUUCAACUUCGUUUAGACUUCUUUUUAGCCAUCUUCAAAAACAUUUAGACCAUAGUUCCAAUUUUGUUACCUUAUAGAGCAGAAAUUGUUCAAACCAGUAAAAAGUUAUUUCUCCAAAACACAUACCUUUGAAUUUAGGAAAGAGAAGCUUAGCUCUAAGUCUAGCUCUGAGCCAAAUUUUAGCCCAUGACCAAUUUUGUGGUUGCAGUGGAAAUUCCUGGGCGAUACCUUAGGAGGAGACUUGAUGUCAACUCCUGUGCUAUAGAAGGGCUAUAAACUGAAGAACACUUUGGAGAAAGAAAUAUGUCACAGGUUCCAAUUCUUAUAUUGAAUAUUCCAGCAUUAUUUAUUUGAUCAAAGUAAAAAUACACUUUCCAUCACUACAAACAGUACUACAGCUGUUUACACAACCAUAUUUUUAUGACGUGCCAACAUUUUGCAUCCUACAUGAAACAUUUGGUUUGAAAAAAAAUCUUAAAGUUCUCUGUUUUGUUUCCUAUCUUCUCUCCAGUUGUCUGGCAUUCUCUGAAGACAUUUUAUACUAAUUGUGUAAGAUUGAUUUCCCCAGACACCUAAAUGGUACCAAGAAGAGCAGGGAACAGCACAAGAUUUACCAUUCGAGGGGAUGGAUGGCAAACCCAACUUUGGCUAAUGGCAUUGAGAAUAACUUGAAAGGGUAAGCAGAGAGAUA